AUGGCUGAUCAAGCAAGGCCUAUGUCGAGAUACGAGCCAUCACCAGCACAACCAAUAACUUCACGCAAGGCAGUGAAGUUUGUGACCGCAGGGGCAGUAGGUGCAGCACUGUUGGUGUUGGCCGGUUUAACUUUGACUGGGACAGUUAUAGCCGUGGUUGUGGCUACACCAAUUCUAGUGCUGUUUAGUCCAGUUUUAGUCCCAGCAGCGGCAGUUGUUUUCUUGGUGACUUCUGGCUUCUUUUUCUCAGGUGGGUCGGGCUUGGCUGCUAUAAUGGUAUUGCUGUGGAUAUAUAAUUACGUGACUGGUGAGCAUCCACCUCGUGCUGAUAAGCUGGAUUAUGCUAGAGGGAGGAUAGCUGAAACGGCUAAGGAUAUGAAUGAUAGAGCUAAUGGUCAGCACGUAGUGUGUUAUGCUUUUGUUGGGUGUUCUGUACUGUCAAUUUGCUCAUUAUGUGGUUUGUCUGGGCUUUUGAAACGCUCUAUCCUUCUAAUUCAUAGCUGA